AUGUGCAGUCGGCUAUUCGCAUUGAAGUAUCGUCUCGCCGCUGGCCCACCCCUCAAAAUCGGGAAUCCUAUUUCUGCCGCCUUGAUCGACGGCCUUGCAGAAUACCGAUAUUUUCUCGAUCUUGGGUUCGAACCAGAAAACAUUCUCGUUGGCGGUGAUUCAGCCAGUGCUAUCAUCGCAUACCAGCUCGUACAGUACACCGCAAUCCAGCUUGAUGCUGCGUACCCUCCGGUUGCCCUUGCUGGAUGUCUCCCUGCCUCAGAAAUCGAUACAGCAUGGUUAUCUCCAAGUUCCUUGAACAUUCCUAAUGUAGAACUGAAAGGGAUGUUCUUCAAAUUUUCCCCGACUUUCAUUCUUGCGGGGGAGGCUAAAAUGUGUCGGGCUUCCAUGAGGGUUCUUUGGGAACGUAUGAGGGUGGAUAUGGGUGUCAAGGUAACAUAUCUCAAAGUCGCUAAACCUCCGCAUGAUCUUGUCGGAUUCGAGUUCAUGGAACCGGAGAGGAGCUUUGCUAAGAGGAAAAUUGCACGAUGGACUGACAAGGUCCUGAGCGGUAGCAGGUAG